AAUUUCAUCACACUCGGGUCGUCUCGGUCAUCAGUUGUCGAAUCAAUAGCCGAACUUUCAGUUUCAGUUUUUCAGUUUCCAAUUCACACGUUUUUCCCGAGCGAACAUCUAAUAGCAGGCGCAUGUUGUUGGGUAUAUGGGAAAAAUAAGUCCUUUGCUUGUAGCUGAAACAUAAAAAGAGGCGUAAGACUGAGACUUCAGCAGAGGGUGUAGAUUCGGGACAGCACAGCUACGGGCGUCAAAACCGAAGGAUGGAGAUCUGGCUGAGCCCCAAACACCGACUCCCCUGCUUCAAGCUCCGGUAGUGUCUUGGGCAAAAUGCAUUGUAUUUACCGAACACCUAACCAAAUAACGCAGUCUCCGCAAGAGAGCGAAAACCCGGAUCGCAGCGAUUUGUUUAUGCGCGUUUGACAGUAAUUGGAGUUCUUUAGCAAAGACCCACUGAUGGAAUAACGUAACCUGUUACCUACGCAAGGAAACCUUACAACGUCCGUUUUGUCGCUCGAUUCCUUGCCUGAAAGAGUAUAAGGAAUGUUUGGAAUACAGAAACGAAGGCUGUUUGGUGUUCUUUCAUUACCGGUAAUUGUGGCAGUGAUGUGCUGUGCUCAAAGCGCCAAUGAACCAGGAAACAUGUCUUUUGUCAAAGAGACCGUGGAUAAGCUUUUGAAAGGCUAUGACAUUCGUCUUCGACCAGACUUUGGAGGUGCACCGGUCGCAGUUGGCAUGAGCAUCGAUGUGGCAAGCAUAGACAUGGUGUCUGAGGUCAACAUGGACUACACAUUGACCAUGUAUUUCCAGCAGUACUGGAGGGACAAGCGGCUCGCAUAUUCUGGGAUCCCUCUCAAUCUCACCCUUGACAACCGGGUAGCCGACCAGCUUUGGGUUCCUGACACGUAUUUCCUAAAUGACAAGAAGUCUUUUGUUCACGGUGUCACAGUGAAGAACCGCAUGAUCCGCCUGCAUCCGGAUGGCACAGUUCUUUAUGGAUUAAGAAUCACCACCACUGCCGCUUGCAUGAUGGAUCUGAGAAGGUAUCCAUUAGAUGAGCAGAACUGCACUCUGGAGAUAGAGAGUUAUGGAUACACAACAGAUGACAUCGAGUUUUACUGGAAGGGAGGAGAAAAUGCAGUGACUGGUGUGUCGCGUAUCGAGCUCCCACAGUUCUCCAUCGUAGACUACAAACUUGUUUCCAGAAAUGUUGUCUUUUCCACAGGUGCCUAUCCUCGACUAUCUUUGAGCUUCAAGCUAAAAAGAAACAUCGGCUACUUCAUCCUGCAGACCUACAUGCCCUCAAUCCUGAUCACCAUCCUGUCCUGGGUCUCCUUCUGGAUCAACUACGAUGCCUCAGCAGCCAGAGUGGCAUUAGGUAUUACCACUGUGCUGACCAUGACCACCAUCAACACCCACCUGAGAGAAACACUUCCCAAGAUCCCCUAUGUCAAAGCCAUAGACAUGUAUUUGAUGGGCUGCUUCGUCUUUGUGUUCUUGGCUCUGCUGGAAUAUGCUUUUGUCAACUACAUUUUCUUUGGACGAGGGCCUCAGAUGCAGAAAAAGUUGGCUGAGAAAGCUGAGAAAGCCAUUAACGACCGCAACAAGUACGACGGCAACAAGUCUGUUCAGGAGGGAGGCAACUGCAAGCCAUCAUCUGUUAAACAGUCCAAUCAGGUACAAGGCCACCGUCACUCACGAGGGGUGGACUCCCAGGGAAAUAUCCUUCUGACCACUCUGGAGAUCCACAAUGAGGUGGCUGGGAACGAGAUCACCACCAGCGUCAGCGAGGCUCGUAACUCCACUUCAAUGGUGUUCGAUAACUCAGGGAUCCAGUAUCGUAAACAGAGCACAGCACGGCCUGAGGGCCGCCACAGCAUGGACAGGAACGCACAGUCCAAGAAACCGCGGCUACGCAGACGCUCCUCCCAGCUCAAAAUCAAAAUCCCUGACCUCACAGACGUGAACGCCAUCGAUCGAUGGUCACGGAUAAUAUUUCCUGCAGCUUUCUCUCUCUUCAACUUGAUCUACUGGCUGUAUUACGUGAAUUAGGCCUGAGACGUCAAUGGGUUUUUUGCCCCUUCAAAUUUUUUCAUGUUGCCAAGUGGAAAAUAGAGACUUUUUUUUUUGCUCUGUUUUGCUCUGACGUACUUUUAAGGGACGUACUUACACGCCAUAUAUAUAUCGAGGUUUUUCUACAAUUGAAACUUUGCGAUGUUGUGAAGGGUUCAGAGGGAAUGCUACCUGCACCAAAACCCAUUCUCAUAUACAGUACAUAUGUACUCUAACAUUCCCAUUCACACAUGCACAAAAUCAGUUUUCUAAAGACUAUCUCUGUACAUACAUGUUGCAAUUUUUGAAGCCACAGGACUUCCGCAUGAUGCACUCAGAACUGUUUUUAAUUUGUACAUGUUGCUGUGUUAUUCUGAUCGAAAGAUGCUAAUUGCAAAUGCCAAUAAAUCUUUAUGGUUGGAGCACAGGAGAUUAAUAUAGUUGUGGAAAUGCAAUAUAACAAGGGAUGUAGGUCAAAUCAUGUCUUCAGUUUCAAAGCUUGCUACGUAAACAUCAGCUGCACUAAACGUUGCUGUUAUGAUCUUAUUUAGACAAAGUUUGUACUGUAUAUAAUCAUGUUAUGAUAUGCUUUUGGAACAUGAUUUCCAUCCGCCUUGGGUUGAUAUGAUUAUACGCCACUUUUUGCAAUCAUAUAAAGUGCUUCAGUACAUGUAAGAUUAGAUAAUAAUUGUACACUUAUCUCAUUCCAAGGAUAUCAAAAUGAAGAAAAAGAACAAAAAAAACCACUGCAAAUGUGGAGUAUUUAAAUCAGGGCCUGCAAAGGAUUUCCACGAUGCCAUCAUGAACAUCAAGCAUAAGUAGACGAACAAUCCUGACAUUGUGUUUUGCUUUUUGUUAGUAGAUGUGUAGCAUUACUGUAUGAUUUUCAAGUGAGAGGUUUGGGUGUUUUAUUCCCCUCCAUUUUUUUAAAGAAUGCCUGAGUCAUUUUAGAUAUCAUUGUGGGCCUCAUGUAAACAUCGUAUGGCCCAUUUACAACACAUCACUUCAUUUCCUUCCCUUCCGGUGAAGGUUAUUUUCGUUGAAGGUAAAUGGAAAAGCUCGUAAUGCAUUUGAGGGAAUUAUACGUUGGCAUCAAUACACAACUUGUCUCAGGUUCUCCUCCAACAUGAAAAUGACCCAAAUCUUUCUGAUUGUCAGUAUUCACAUCAUAUUUGUUGUGAUUAAUUUGUAUUAUAUCCGUGUGUACAGCAACAAUGAUUACAUAGAUUUAGACAGCAUGAUAUUGUUUGCAUUUAGAGAUUCUACACUGAUAUAUGAUUUUGUUUUAGGAGAUUUCUUUACCACCGGUCACAUGCACUUACUCUUUUUCAGGGGCUGAAAACUGCUAUCUGGUUGAGAGUAAUGUUGUAUACUCAUGCUUGCAAAUCAUCUAAACAUAUUUAUAAAUCUCUUUAAAAUAUCCCGUGUGUGCUGUUAACAUGUCAUUUUAACAGGUUGCUUUGCAGUUGCAUUGUGUCAGUAGAUGCUCAUUAAUUCUUUGAUUACUUUUCUUCCCUCUUCUAUUGUAUGUUGUAAAUAUAUAAUCCAUAAUCCACACAUGUGACCCAUUUCUUUCUUUCUUUUUUUCUAAUAUUCACUUCUGAGGUUUUAUUCUGUACAGUCAACCCCACAAAUGACCAGAUCUCUAUUUAUGAAAUGUGUUUAAAUAAUUAGAUAAAUGAGGGCUGAAUGUCCUGAGGACAAUAUGAGAAA